AUGGCAUCCACUGUCGAAGCUGAUUUUCCCGUUGAAGGGAUUCUUCCCAAAAAAGAAACUGGAGCGGCAGCUUUCUUAACGAAAUAUCCAGACUACGACGGAAGAGGUGUCCUUAUUGCGAUUCUCGAUACGGGAGUGGAUCCUGGUGCACCGGGAUUACAAACUACGACAGAUGGCCGUCCAAAGAUUGUAGAUGUGAUCGAUGCCACUGGUUCUGGUGAUGUAGAUACUUCAAAAGUGGUUGAGUCAGAAGAUGGAGAGAUAACUGGUGUCACAGGACGCAAGUUAAAGAUUCCAACUACCUGGACAAACCCUUCUGGAAAGUAUCACAUCGGAGCCAAGAAUCUCUUUGAUCUGUACCCAAAGCGUCUGCAGGACAGAGUGGUAAAGGAGCGAAGGGAGCAGACAUGGGACCCUCCACACCGAGCAGCUCUGGCAGAGGCCUCUCGAAAACUUGAGGAUUUUGAUGCUAAAUGCUCUAAUCCUAAUCAGGAAGAAAAACUUGUAAAGGAAGACCUACAGGCGAGAGUUGACCUGCUGACAAGUUUAGACAAAAAGUACCAGGAUUGUGGGCCAGUGUUUGAUUGUGUUGUAUUUCAUGAUGGCAAUACAUGGAGAGCCUGUGUUGAUACAACAGAGAAGGGUGAUCUCGUUGAUUGUAAACUUUUGGCCAACUUUGCUGAGGAGAGACAGUAUGGAACAUUCAGUCGUCAAGAUAUGCUGAAUUAUACCAUUAACAUUCAUAAUGAUGGAGAUGUUUUGGAAAUGGUAACAAAUGCAGGCUCCCAUGCUACCCAUGUCGCUUGCAUAGCUGCCGGCUAUUUCCCUGAUCAGCCAGAUCGGAAUGGAGUGGCACCAGGUGCACAGAUCAUCUCCGUCAAGAUUGGGGAUACCCGUCUUGGUUCCAUGGAAACAGGGACAGCCCUUGUUAGAGCUAUGAUCAAAGUGAUUGAGCACAAGUGUGAUUUGGUGAACUACAGUUAUGGAGAAGCUUCUCACUGGCCAAACUCAGGGCGUGUAGUAGAUAUUCUAAGUGAAGCCGUCAACAAACAUGGUGUAAUAUUUGUAUCCAGUGCUGGAAACAAUGGACCAGCCUUGUCUACUGUUGGCACACCAGGAGGAACAACUGAUGCCCUCAUCGGAGUGGGAGCUCAGGUUUCACCAACAAUGAUGGCUGCUGAAUACUCCUUGAGGGAAAAACUUCCCUGCAUGCAAUAUACAUGGUCAUCUAGGGGACCCACUCAUGACGGUGACCUAGGUGUGUGUAUCAGUGCUCCUGGCGGUGCCAUAGCCUCUGUGCCUAACUGGACCUUACGAGGAUCACAGCUAAUGAAUGGAACCAGUAUGAGCUCGCCAAAUGCCUGUGGAUGUAUAGGUCUGUUUUUAUCUGGACUGAAGGCUAAUCAUAUAGAAUAUACACCAUUCAGUGUCAAGCGGGCCUUGCAGAAUACAGCCCAGAAGGUGGACAAUAUUGAAGUGUUUGCCUUGGGUUAUGGCCUCAUUCAUGUUGAGAAAGCUUAUGAUUAUCUGAGUACAUACCCACAAUGUGCAGAGUCGAAGAUCAACUUCAACAUCAGCUGUACUGAUGGUAAACGUGGAAUAUACCUCAGGGAACCUCAUCACUUCAAGAAACCUUAUGUAGUCAAUGUUACCAUUGAACCCAACUUUUUUGAAGACAAGUCAGAACAAGAAGAGAAGAUUGCUCUAAGUCUACAGCUAGCUCUGACAUGCGAUGCAGCUUGGGUGCAGCAUCCCAGACACUUAGAGCUGAUGAAUGUGGCACGCACAAUCAGUGUCAAGGUGGACCCCAGUGGACUGACAGAAGAUGCUCAUUACACAGAGAUUUGUGCAUUUGAUGUGAGUUGCGUGGAGAAGGGUCCAGUAUUCAGGAUACCCAUCACUGUCAUCAAACCAGCCAAGGUGUGUGAUGAGACUACAUACGAGAUGUGUUUUAAUGAUGUACAGUUUAAACCUGGUCAGAUUCACAGGCAUUUUAUCCAUGUACCACAAGGAGCUACUAUUGCAGUUUUGAAUGUGAAGUCCUGGGACAAAGAGAAAAGCUGUAGAAUGCUCCUCCAUGGAAUGCAAGUUGUUCAGCAGUAUCAGUACAAGAAAUUUGAAUUCGAAAAAUUUGUUACGAUAUCUAGUCAAGGGCAGACAACUCAAGCAUUCCAAGUUGUUGACAACAGCACUUUAGAAAUGUGUAUAGCUAAAUGGUGGGCAAACUUAGGGGAUGUGACUCUUAGCUACAAAAUAACAUUCCAUGGAGUCACCCUGGACAACUCCAGACCUACUAUGCAAGGUGCUGAAGGUAUUACCAGGUUCAAUGUACGUGCCUUGUUGAAGAAUGAAGAUAUAUCUCCCUCUAUAACUCUGAAGUCACUGGUACAACCCAUCAGGCCAACAGAACACAAAAUGAAAUGUCUGUUUGGACCAAGAGAUACCUUACCAGGAGACAGGCAGAUAUAUGCUAUAGAGCUUACAUACAACUUCCACAUUGACAAGAAUACUGAAGUGAUGCCUGAAUGUUCUAUGCUGAGCGAGCUGUUGUAUGAGUCUGACUAUGAGAGCCAGUUCUGGAUGAUAUUUGACUCUAAUAAACAGUGUAUGGGAUCUGGAGAUGCCUACCCACAUCAGUAUAACGUGAAACUGGACAAGGGAGAUUACACACUGGUGAUGCUGAUUCGUCAGGAGAAACGAGACAUGCUGGAGAAGAUGAAGGAUGCCAUUCUAUUACUGCAUCAUAAACUUCCUAGCUCUGUGUCCUUGGAUGUCCAUGGUAGCUGGCAAAAAGCCUUCGCUGGCAAGAAAAUGAACUCGUUUUCACUACAACAGAACCAGCUUUGUCCCCUCUUUGUUACCCCAAUGACAUCAGAUAAAUUGCCAAAGGUGGCCAAAGCGGGAUGUUACUUGACUGGAUCCUUUACUUUGUUGAAAGAUGAUCUACUGAGCAAAGCUAGUUCUGUUCCAUUUCGUUAUGUGUUGACCGAAUCACCACGGAAAGUAAAGAAUGGUGCUAAAGAAAAGGGAGAUAAAUCAAAGGAGAAAACCAAGGAAGAGGAGUAUGGUGAAGCUUUAAGAGAUCUGAAGAUAAACUGGAUACCAAAGAUGGACUUGGAUCAUGCCCUGUUUGAGGAGGUUAGACAGGAUCAUCCUGACCACUUGCCUCUCUACAUGGCCAGACUUCAGGCUCUCGAUAGUAGUAAGGAAAAGUCUAAGAAAUUGGGAGCUAUCAUAGACUUGUCCAAGUUUAUCAUCUCCAAAAUUGAUCAAAUGGCUCUAUCCAGUUAUUAUGGUAUGAAGAGUGAUAACAGACCAGACGCCAGUACAAUAAAAAGUGAGAUGGAUAAAGAGAAGGAGAUUUUGAUAGAGGCUAUGGUGAAGAUGGGCUGUGCUCAGGCUGACAUCCUGCUGGAACAAGGGCAGACAACUGUUGAGCAAACCAAGGCUGAGGAGGACGGGGAACAGUUUGUAGAGUUACCUACUGAUACAGAGAAGGAUCUAGAGGACACGCUGUCUGAGGUUCAGAAGUGGGCCGAUCUGACAGAUUCAAAGGUCUCCACAUUAUCGGUUCGUCAUGCAAUUUACAACAAGCAAUAUGGUCGUGCCUUGAAAUUGUUGCUCAAACAAACGGAGGACAAGAAUACAAAGGAAAUGGACAAAAAGUGUAUUGAGAUCUACUCUUCCUUGGGAUGGGAGCACUGUGUUCGUCAUUUCAACAACUGGUUCCUUGUGAAGUUCCCUGCCAAUCAACGCCUGUUUUGAUAAAUGCAGUUUAUUUAUAGAUAACAACCAUUUAUAAUCACAGUUCUGGAAUAUGAGUAGUCUGGAACUGAUGAACAUCAAACAUCUGAGACUUCUUGGAACUGGUGAACAUUACACCUCUGUGAUAAUUCUUUCAAUGGUGUACUCAUGAAGUUUGUUUCUGGGAAACAGUUGCUGCAUACUUCAUUUAUACCUUAAUGUUUUUAAAAUUUGAUGAGAAGGAAGUAAACCUUUGAAUUUUCAAUUCAAAUGUAUAAGAUAUUGGAUAUUAAAACACAUGUUUAGAUAAAAUCUAGAUCCCCAAAAUAUCAUUUUUAGCGGGUUGUAUCCUGUUAGUUUGGUGAUUUCACAUUUAGAUUUUUUAAUUAUUUAUAGUAAACUUAUAAAGAACACUCACCAAGAUGGAUACUGCAAUUUUUUUGUUCAAGAUUUGUUUUAUCCACUUUGAAUUUAUUUGUGAAAAGUAAAGAACAGGAUGAAUAUCAAUAGAAAUUACUUCAUCUGCUGAAAUUUUCACUUCCCAAAUACAUAUUUCAUAUUUCAGCUGCCUACAUCAAACUUUACACAUCUGAUAGAAUGCCAAAAUUUUAAUUUUUUAUUUUUUUUAUCUGCAUGAAAUAUAUUAGCACAGGUAUAAGUAAUGAGAAAAACAAAAAAAAGAUAUAUUGGAAUGUAAACUUUGCAUUUUAACAAUGUCAGGUUGAAAAAUUAAGAUAACUUGCAAAGAAAAUUAUUAAAAGUAUAUCAGAAGGGAUAAUUUAAAAUUAUUUACUCAAGAUCAUCUUGAAUGUGAAAAGAAAUGUCUUCUGCUGCUAAUAAUCUAAUGUUAAUCUGAGUAUCUAGAUGAUUACAGUGUGUUCAGGAUAUUUACUACUGACAGUAUAUGUAAAUGGUGUUCUAGAUAAAGUUCAUUUCUUGGCAAUAAAGUAAUGAAGAUUUUCUGGUUUUCUGAAUUCGAAAAUUUCAGUCGGCAGUAAUAGUCACAAUGAUAUUAUAGAACAGUCUGUGUAAAGUAUUGAUUUAUAUUGAUUUAUAUAAUGUUCAGUCAUAGUUUUGAUAUGGCUAGGAAUGUUAUUAUCCUAGACAAUUGUGUGGAAUUGGUAGGUUCUCCACACAAAAAAAAAAAGAAAAAAAAAAUAGAAAAAAAAUUAUUGCAAAUCAUCAGAUGUUGACAACAGUCAUUAUCAAAAAGUAAAUUUGUUUGUUCCUAAAGUAAAAUUGUUUUGUAGAACAUGUAAGACUAAUUAUGAAACCUUUUGUGAAAAAAUAUCAUACAGUUUGAACUUAUGGAUCUUUACAUUAAAACGGGACCAAUCUUUCUAUGGCUGUUGUUCUUAAAGGUAGGCAGGUAGACAAGUGAUUUUGAUAUGUUUGCAGAUGGAACUGAAUCGAGAUGCAAAGGGCAGAAACAGGGUUCAUUGGUGAAGCAAGGGGGCAUUGGGGAGGCACAAAAGCUGGAAAGAAAUUAGGAUCGAUCAUUAAAUAAUUUGCUGCAAAAAAAUAAUCUGUAUGCAGCUGUGUAUUUGCAAAAUGGCAGCUACAUAUCUGCAGGGCUGGACGUUGGAAUUUAUCUGUAACAUCUAAAUGUGAUGCUGAAAAAUCAGUCCUGAUCUACACAUGGGAGCAUCAACAUAUCAACUGUAUGUUCAGCAUUCUCUCUCAAAAUUCCUUGGUCAGGUUUGGUCUAAAUAAGCUAUAGAGCACUGGUUUAUAUAAUGUGUUCAUGUGAUAAAUCUAAUAGAUAAUGCAUAAUCAUAGAUAAAUUUUGUGAUUUUUCAAAAUGUUUUGUUUCGUGGUGGUAAAUAAUGCCUACCUUCAGGUUCUUUUGAGGUAUUAGCACUGUAUGUGAAUUACAUUAGAUCAUUAUACAGAAGCCAUCUUCAAUUUUAAGCAUUAAUUGAUAUUCUAAAUUCUAUUAUUUUUCUGCAUAAAGAUAGGAUCAUAUAGAGUUUCAUUUCAUAUGGGAUUUCAUGGGUCUUAGAGUCUUAGAAGUUUUUAUUUAUACAAGCAUUGGUGAGCAAUUUUAAAAUAAAUUCAAAGUCAAGUUACAUCAAAUCUCACAUGGUAUGGAAACAAAUAAUCAUGAUAAUCUUACCACAUAACUGAGAACAGUUCACUUUGACAGGUUUUUAAGUCAAAAUGAGGAUGGCAAAUUCAAAUGGAAGCAGUCAUUUUGUUCGACUGAUUUUAAUGCAUGACGUAACAUCAUUGUCACAAUUGAUUUCUGGUUGGUGAAACCAAUGAAAAAUUUCUGCAAAGUAUAUUACACCGUGAUUUUCAACAAAAAAUAUAACUUCCAGGAAAAUCCACUUGACAACAGGUGGAUCGUGUGGUAAAUGUGUUUCCCUGAUCUUUUAUGGCCGAGAAAUACUUUUCAUGUGUUCAAGUUAAUUUUCUGGGCAUUAUUUUACAGAAGUCUUUCUUUACAGUUUAGUUAACAGUUCCACACUUUUGCUAAAUUUAUUAAUUAUUCAGUUAUUAAUGUAAAUUUCCUUUGAGAUGUCAUACCAAUUUCUGUCUUGUUCAGGACCCCUUGUUUGAUACAAUGGGUUUUUUUAUUGUUACUUCUUGACUGAUCUGGAUAAUUUUGCACACAAGUUGCACAUACAUUGUACAAAAGUUACAAACAGAGGAAAAUGGGUUUUAUGUUAAUUGUCUUUUCCUGUCUGAUCUUCGCAUUGUAGAUUUGUGUCAGAUAUUUCGUUCGUAAAUAACUGAUGGCUGCCUUACCAAUUAUCAGCCGGUCUGUGUAGUGUAUAAAAUAAAUACUAAAUAUAAUAAUAUACAGUUUAUUCUGCAGUUACUGUAAACACGUGUGUAAAUAGCUAGAUCAUCAGUUGCUACUUGAAAAAAUUCUCAAGGAAAAUAUUUUCGAAGUGAGAAUAUGGUAACUACUUUGAAACAUAAAACAUUUCAGUUUUUUAUUUUUACUUAAAAGUCAACAUUUGAUAGAAAAACUUGGUAAGUCUUAUAGUAUUUGUAGACUUCCAUAUAUAAAAUACCAAGCACUUUAAAUUUGCAUUUUUGUUUGCUUAAGUAGAAGUAUGUUUACAGUGCACAAUUACCUACUGAGAGAGAUGUUUUAAUUUUCUGUUCAGAUUAUAACAUAAUUGUAGAUAUAUAUACAUGUGCCUGGUUUAUAGGAUUGUAUUAAUUAUGGCUUCUCAGUAAUCAAGAAUAUCUAGUUUAUGUUUCUUGUUGUCUUUAUUAUUUAAGAAUUCAGUGGUGAUGGGCAAGGCAGGUUUUUCAGUCAUCUAGUCAAACUAUGUAUUUUUAUUCUUUUAUUGAAGAAACUUGGUAUGAGUCGAAGAUCAAUGUUUUCAUGGUUAAGAGAUUUUUUACAGUCUUUAUGACAACAAAGGAAAAAUGCUACCCACUAAAGAUGCAUUCCUGUUUAGGAUGUAGACUCCCAAGUUUGCUAUGUUUAAAAAGUGAAUUUGACUUCAUUUAAAUGAACAACUCCAAAGAUACCAUUUUGUUUUCUUUACUGAAGGGUAUAUUCACACAUUUCAUUUGUGUUUUUAUUUUUGAUUGCGUAAAUAUAGAUAUAAACUUUAUCUAUUUUUCACUAUUAGCAAAACAAGUUAUAGCAUCCUAAUCACAGGCAUGGAAUGUGGGAGGAAACCGUAGUACAAUGGAAAACCCAGGUGGUUGGGGAGAUGACCCCUUAACACCCAUUCUGUACCUCAAACCCCCACACGACUGAGUGAAAGGCAAGUGCAUUACCACUGCGCCAUCCGACCACCAAAAUCUCCCUCAUGAAAAUAUUAAAAAUUUGGCAAGUAUGAAAACCUGAAAAGUGACAGCAAGAUUAUUGGUUUAUGAUGAAUGGGUAUAAUCAAAUGGGUUUCUAAUGGCUGCAAUUGUCAUAUCUGUUGAAAUUAAAUACUACUGAAUAUUUCGUCACAAAAUCGUCCUCAGGUAUUGAAUUUUAAAGAUAUUCAGGAAAGACAAAUUUCCAGCAGCUUAUCCGAAAGACUGUUUGCUUAUUAUGAAUGAGAUCAGUAAUCUAUCAUAACCUACUACUUUUAUUUUUCAACUGUCUUUGAUAAAGAAUUUUUACAAAGUAAAUUGGCAAAGACAUUCGUUUUAGAACCCUUUGUCAUGAGUUAUAUUUGUUUUACGUAUAUUGAAACUCAUUGUGGUUUUGACCUUUCUUCAAAGAAGGGACAUCAUUUGUACUAUAGAGACUGCUAUUUGUGCCAAUCUAAGCUGUUAGUGUAUAUAGUAUAUACUAAUAAGUAGUGUAAUAUUUUGUCCCUGGUUUAGACAGAUUUUAGUCACUGCUUUUUACGGAAACCUUAAGUGUGCUGAAUUACACAACUACAAUAUUUAAUAAUUUUAACAUUAGUAAAUUAGAUAAAAAUGUAAUAAGACUAGUUAUUACAGAAUGUGUGAAAGGUAGACUGGUCAUUACUUAGGAGGUUUCGCUGUACUGUAUGUGUUGUUUACAAUCUUGAUUGAAAUACCACUUCUUGUUGUACUAUCAUUUAGCAGUAUAAUGAGAGGGUAAUUUAAUCAGGUUGAUGUUGUUUAUGGAUGUAAAUUAUGCAUGUUAUAUUUGUGGUACACGUGAAUGUGUGAACACAUUGAAAAAUGAAAUGCAUGUGUAAUUUUUCAAAGGAAAAUAUUAAAGUAUAAUACAGC